AUGUCGUCGUUCGAGUCGGUUGUUGUCAUUGACGGCAAGGGCCACCUCCUUGGCCGUCUCGCCUCCAUUGUCGCCAAGCAGCUUCUCAGCGGCCAGAAGAUCGUUGUCGUCCGCUGCGAGGCCCUCAACAUCUCUGGAGAGUUCUUCCGCGCCAAGCUCAAGUACCACGCCUACCUGCGCAAGAUGACCCGAUACAACCCCACUCGCGGUGGUCCCUUCCACUUCCGCGCCCCCUCCAGAAUCUUCUACAAGGCCGUCCGUGGUAUGAUUCCUCACAAGACCGCCCGCGGUGCCGCCGCUCUGGAGCGCCUCAAGGUCUUCGAGGGUGUCCCUCCCCCCUACGAUAAGAAGAAGAAGAUGGUUGUUCCCCAGGCUCUCCGUGUCCUGAGACUGCAGCCCGGUCGCAAGUACUGCACCGUCGGCCGUCUGAGCCACGAGGUCGGCUGGAAGUACCAGGACGUCGUUGCCCGUCUGGAGGAGAGGCGGAAGGCCAAGGGCGCUGCCUACUACGAGCGCAAGAAGGUUGCUGCACGACAACUGUCCGACGCGAAGAAGAACGCCUCGGUCAAGGAGGAGACCGCGAAGGCCCUUGCGGCUUAUGGCUACUAA